UUCCUCCUUUGUUACGCCCCCCGGUUCCAUCGAUCUAGCACUGCAGCCAUGGCAUCCAAGGCCCCUGCUCUGCUUAAAGGUGUCCUUGAUGGAGCACAGCCCAAGUUUCAGACCUUUUUGCGCUACGCAAAGGUAGAACUCGUUCCCCCUACACCCGGAGAACUUGGACAGGUCGGACAGGGCAUCCAGAGGUUGCUCUCAGGCCUCAGGACUGGUCGCUGGAAGCAGCUGACUGUCAAGGAGGCUACCCUGAACACCCUGGUCUUCACUGAGGUUGUCUGCUGGUUCUUCAUCGGCGAGUGCAUUGGCAAGGGUUCUAUUGUUGGCUACCAAGUCUAAAUCCGCCUCUGUGUAAAAAUUUUGUCGGCAGACAAAGUCUUGUUGAAAACAGAUUCAUGUAGAAUACAUUCUUAAAAUAAAAUGGAUAUCGUUAUAAUUUAAAAACUUAAA